AUGGCACCACGGGGUGACACCCUGGGCGUCCAGUACGCGAAGAACAUGCAGCACUUUGGAUGCGGUGUUGCACUUUUCCAACCAAUCUCAGCAGGGGAUAUGAAUCCGCCAUGCGUCGGUUACCUAGAGAAGGAUGGAAGGUGGAAUCAUAUCGCCAACAUUACUUGGCAAGAGUCGGACGGAAGCAUGCAAGCUGAUGCCACUGGUGGAGGCUUGAACGUCAGCAGAGGGCAUGAAUUCAAACCACUCAAGCGUGCGCCGAGAAAGAUGGAGCAGCUAGGCAUUGAGUGGAGGCCUCGAACUAGCCAAGGUGUAAGGCAGUGGACUGUAGAUGCGAGUGGAAACACGCCUAGCACUCUCCCUGUCGGUGCUGAUGCCCGCAUCAAAUACAAAUCAAAGGAUAGUUUUGGUGCCGUCCUCAUCGCCCAGAAACCCAUCACUCUAACCUCAUACAACGACGAGACUCUCUUCCAAUCAUGGCUCAGUGCCAACAAAGCUCUUCUCUCCUCCUCCCACGGUCCUCAGCUUCGACGCCAUGGUCUACGCAUUAUUACUAGGACUUACACAUCUCCGAGUUGUAGCAUCAACGCGUGGGAAGAUAAGGACAAAGAAGCCAACAUGAGCGUGAAGGCGAAAGCGAAUAUGAUGGGCGAGCUCGGAGGCGACUUGGACUGGACAGACAAGUUGACUGAUAAGGAUUGGAGUCAUUACUCUGGCAAGGACAAAGGGGAUACGGUGGUGGUGUUCUUCGAUGGCAUUGAAGUACCUGCCUGGGAGUGGUGGCUCGAAGGUCUCAGGACCAGCAUGGGCAAAAGAGGUCCAGUGAAAGAGAGGAUUGCAUCGAGUUCUGCUAACACGCAAAGCGUCGGGCGUCCAGACAAUAUGAUACGUGCACACAGCUAUUCGGCUGCGGACUCGCCUGUGGACGAGCGGGCUCUGCUUACUGAAGAUCUUUGGGGCUCCGACACCCCAUUGCGGAUGCACAGUCCACUCAGCGGCCGGAGUCCUUCACGAGGACGGCAGGUCAAGUCCGAGAAAGCGGAAAGCCCGAGAAGCAUCUCCACUCCUACAAGGCUGUCCAAGUAUCUCGCUUAUGAUGAGAAUCCAGCUCUCCCAGUGCAAAGGGCUAAGGCUGUACCUGUACCGAAUCAGAGGCUCAGUAUGAUGUCCACCGCUACUUCCAACUCGAGUGCCAGUACCAGAGCGCAAAGCCUGAGGGUCAAUGGCUACGAGACGAGUCCACCGGCUGCCAUGCACAGGGGUGAGCUGCAGAGGAAGACUGGUUCGCCGUCUUUGAGACUUCCUACUUGA